UAAUUUUGCAUCAUCUUCAUCAGAGGUCAUCACUACUGACCAUACAUAAUACUCUGCAAGAAUUUAAAAGAAAAAAAAAAAUCAUUGCAUUCUGCACUCUAGCUAAAAUCUUGUUUGAUCUCCCAUAAAACAACACCCCCAAGUAGCUAAGCUACCAAUUCUUUGCCGGUGACAUUACAUACAAGUAAUUUCAGUAUCUGUACUAAUGGCGGAAGCUGCUGUAGAGUUUCUUUUGGACAAACUAUCAGCGGUGAUCAGUGAAGAGUGGUCACUCUUGGGAGGGAUUAAAGAAGACGCAGAAUACAUCAUGAAUGCCUUGAGUCGUCUAAGGGCAGCUUUGAGAGUUGCUGACGAGAGGGAAGAAAUGGAUCCUCAAGUUAAAGCUUGGGUGAAGAUAGUUCGGGAGCUGGCUUAUGACACCGAAGAUGUUCUUGACGAAUUCCAGAUCCGCUUUGGAGGUCGCCACACUGGUAGAGGAUUCUUCACUAAGAUGAAGAACAAAUUCACUUCUGCCAAGAACUUGAGAGCUCAGCACAGGCUUGCACUUGCACUGCAAAAGAUCAAGGCCAGAAUCAGUGAAAACUCCCAAUAUCAGCCAAUCUUGCCAACAAGCACUACGGGAACUGUUCACAACCACAACCAACAAUUGCAUGGCCGAGGGGAUACCAGUGUUCCAGAAGAGUCAGAUCUGGUAGGUUUUGAAAACUCUAAGCAGUCUCUUAUUCAACUCCUUGUUGGCGCUAUUGAUGAUGAUUUGAGAGUUCACUCUGUGGUGGGCAUGGGGGGAUUGGGGAAAACCACUUUGGUUAAAAAGGCUUAUGAUGAUGCACAAAUCAUAAAGCAUUUUCAGCAUCGUGUGUGGGUUACAGUUUCUGAAACAUUCAAGAUUGAGGAGUUGCUGAAAGAUGCAAUUAAGCAAUUAGUGAAGCAAACAAAUCAACAACUCCCACAGGAUUUUGAAACCAUGGGCUUUAGUCAAUUGAAAGAUUUUGUUAUAAGCAUUCUUUCAGAGCAAAGGUACAUCAUUGUUUUAGAUGAUGUAUGGAGUUUUGUUGUUUGGGACGCUAUCAAAUAUGCUUUUCCUAGACAAAAGUUUGGUAGCCGAAUAGUUAUCACAACAAGGAAUAGUGAUAUAGGGCGGGAUGCAUGUCAUGAAACCAAAGGAGAUGUGUACGAGUUGAAGCUUUUGUCUAAGGAAGAUUCAUGGGAACUGUUUUGCAAAAAAACAUUUUUGAGUGAUUCAUGUCCUCCACAUUUGGUGAAAAUUGCCGAAGAUAUUGUAAAUAGAUGUGGUGGUCUGCCUCUGGCUAUUGUGGUAAUUGCCGGUAUAUUGGCUACCAAGGGUGAGGAUAUUGCAGAAUGGAAAAGUUUCCAGAACGGUGUUAACCUUCAAUUGAAAACCAAUGACUGCAGGAUGGAAAACUUGAAGAAUCUAUUAUCCUUGAGUUACUAUGAUCUUCCAUAUCAUCUAAAGUACUGUUUCUUGUACUUUAGCAUAUACCCUGAAGAUGCCAAAAUUGAAAAAAAUAGACUCAUUAGACUGUGGAUUGCAGAAGGCUUUGUCCAGGAGAAUGGUGAUCAAGUGAAAGAAGAAGUUGCAGAAGCUUAUCUCAAUCAGCUAAUUCAUCGAAACUUAAUCCAAAUUGCAGAGAAGUCUUAUGCGGGAAAGAUUAUUGGUUUAAGAGUCCAUGAUAUUUUACGAGAAAUAAUCCUUUCAAAGGCAUUAGAGCAAAACUUUGCAGUCAUCCUCACUGGACAGAACAAAGAAUGGUCCGACAAGUGUCGACGCCUAAUAAUCCAUAGAUUUGAUGAUGACAUUCUAAAGAGCACUUCCUCCAAAAGUCAUAUUCGUUCAUUACAGUUCUAUAAUGAUAAUGAUGAGGUACUGGUUUCAUCGUCAUUAUCUAAGCUGUUGUCCUUUGAUUAUUACAUUCCUCUGAAGGUGUUAGAUUUAAGUUAUACUCGUCUAGUGAAAGUUCCAAAAGAAGUUUUCAAGUUGCUUCAUUUGAAGUAUUUGAAUUUGAGGGAUACAGGGUUGAGAAAUGUUCCUAAAUCCAUACAAGCUCUUCAAAACUUAGAGAUACUUGACCUGAAGCACACUUUUGUGUCUAAGUUGCCGGUUGAGAUUGGAAAACUUCAUAAACUCCGGCAUCUCCUUGUGGGCUUUUUGUUUUUUGGUCGUGCUUAUGCUCCUUUUGAGAUUGGGGGAUUGGUGUCUUUACAAAAGUUGUGUAAUAUACAAGCAAAGACAACUAAUGGCGUCAGUGUGGUGUCUGAGAUAGGGAAUCUAACACAACUGAGAAAGCUUGGAGUUACAAAUUUGAGACAAGAAGAUGGAAAGGAAUUAUGUUCAUGCAUAGAAAAGUUGACAAAACUUAUCUCUUUAAGGCUUGAGGCGGUGGUAGAAAAUGAAAAGGAUAUCCUUGAUAUCCAACAUUCUUUAUCUACAAUUCCUCAUUGUCUUCGUACAUUGAAAUUGGAUGGGCGUCUAGAGAGUAUCCCUCAAUGGUUAUCUUCACUUGUAAGUCUAACUAAACUAGAGUUGAGGAAUAGUUGUGUUCUUGAAGAUCCACUACUGCUUCUCCAAGAUCUACCCAUGUUAGCACAUCUUCUACUUAUUGAGUCUUAUGAAGGUGAAGGGUUGUGUUUCAAGGCUGGAAAGUUCCCAAAGCUCAAGUUUUUGAAUAUUAAUUCCUUCACGGCACUGAAAUGGAUAAUGGUGGAGGAAGGUGCAAUACCCCUUCUUGAAGAGCUCGGCUUGGUUAAUUGCAAGUUGCUUGAACAGGUACCUUUGGGUAUUCAACAUUUGUCUAAACUCAACUCAAUUCAAUUCACUUCUUUAAACGAUAAAUUGAUGCUUACUCUAGAACCAAAUGGUGAAAACUACACAAAAAUAUCUCAUAUUCCUCACAUUGAAAUUAUUAACAUAAAAUUGUAAAUGAUGAGAAAAUGCAGUUUCUUGAUGGCCAGGGAGUGUAGUAUGUGUAAAUGUCCCUGUAUAUACGUAUAUAUGUACUCUGUUAUUCAUAAACAAUAGUGUUCUAAUUGAAUUUGAUUUUGUAUUUAAUUGUACUUUAAUUUAUUUUAAUUCAAGUGUUUUGGGAGUAAAUACAAGUAUUGAACA